AGGCGGCCGGGGCUGCGUCCCUGCCGGACCCCGGGAGGCGGAGCGACAGCCCGGGCACGGCGGCAUCUUCUGGCGCGGCCAUCGCCGUGCUGCUCCAUGGAGAAGCGGGGCCCGGUGCUGCACAUCGUGGUGGUGGGCUUCCACCACAAGAAGGGCUGCCAGGUUGAAUUUUCCUAUCCUCCCCUAAAGCCUGGAGAGGGACAUGACAGCCACAGCUUACCAGAGGAAUGGAAGUACUUGCCAUUUCUUGCCUUACCAGAUGGCGCUCACAACUAUCAGGAAGAUACGGUGUUUUUCCAUUUGCCGCCGAGAUGUGGGGAUCGAACCACGGUGUAUGGCGUCUCUUGCUAUAGGCAGAUUGAAGCGAAGGCGUUAAAAGUACGGCAAGCAGACAUCACCCGAGAAACAGUACAGAAAAGUGUCUGUGUCCUCAGUCAGCUGCCUUUGUAUGGGUUACUUCAGGCAAAGCUGCAGCUCAUUACACAUGCGUAUUUUGAAGAGAAAGACUUCUCACAAAUUUCAAUUCUAAAGGAACUUUAUGAUCACAUGAAUAGUUCCUUGGGCAGUACUUUGCUAGAAGGGUCACAAGUUUAUCUUGGUCUGUCUCCUCGGGAUCUUGUUCUCCACUUUAGACAUAAGGUCUUGAUCCUUUUUAAACUGAUUCUUCUAGAGAAAAAGGUGCUGUUUUAUAUUUCCCCUGUAAAUAGGUUGGUGGGAGCUCUGAUGACUGUCCUGUCACUCUUUCCUGGUAUGAUUGAACAUGGUCUUAGUGACUGUUCACAUUAUAGACCAAGAAAGAGCAUAUCAGAGGAUACUGGCUUGCAGGAAAAUAUACCACGGUUGGAUGACUAUGUUUCCGUGUCUGCUGCUGAUACUUCAGAGACAAACUUGGGAAUGGGAAAGGGAGGCAGGCAGAUGACAGGAAACAAUUCACUGGAAGGUCAGAAAGCAAACGUGCCUUUCUCCCAGUCAGAGAAGACUUGCAAUGGAGCUCAGUCCUCCAAUGGUGCUGUGCAGCGCUUGAAAGUUCCUCCCCACGCUUCUCCAGCAUCCUCUGAAAGCGACUGGGAGACCUUAGAUCCCAGCAUUUUGGAGGAGUCCGGUUUGAAAGAAAGCGAACGUGAAAAUCCACCGUCGGAACAGGCCAAAAAUCUUCUGAGCAAAGGUGUGAGCUCAGAAGGCCUUCCCAUCACUGUGCAGCCCCAGGCGAACACAGGACACACGGUACUUGUUCAGGGACUGGUAUCUGGGCUGGAAGAGGACCAGUAUGGGAUGCCACUGGCUAUUUUUACGAAGGGGUACCUCUGUUUGCCCUACAUGGCGCUGCAGCAGCAUCAUCUCCUGUCGGAUGUCACGGUCCGCGGCUUUGUUGCGGGAGCAACCAAUAUCCUGUUCCGUCAGCAGAAACAUCUGAGUGAUGCAAUUGUGGAAAUAGAAGAUGCUCACGUACAAAUCCAUGAUCCAGAACUCCGUAAGAUCCUGAACCCAACAACUGCUGACCUGAGAUUUUCAGAUUACUUGGUGAAGCACGUAACUGAGAACAGAGAUGAUGUUUUCCUUGAUGGCACUGGCUGGGAAGGAGGAGAUGAGUGGAUCAGGGCUCAGUUCAGUGCUUAUCUUCAUGCACUGCUUGCUGCUGUGCUGCAACCAGACAAUGAAAAGACUUUGUCAGACUUCGGAACAACAUUUGUAGCAGCCUGGAAAAAUACCCACAACUACAGAGUAUGGAAUAGCAACAAGCAUCCAGCUCUUGCAGAGGUAAAUUCCAGCCACCCAUUCCAGGGACAGUACUCUGUAUCAGAUGUUAAGUUAAGAUUGUCACACUCUGUGCAAAACAGCGAACGCGGAAAGAAGAUUGGAAAUGUGAUGGUUUCCACCAGCCGAAAUGUUGUACAGACAGGAAGAGCUGUAGGUCAGUCUGUCGGAGGAGCCUUCACAAGCGCGAAAUCAGCCAUGUCAUCCUGGUUUUCCACUUUCACGCAGUCGCCCCAAAGCCUCGGGGACUAAAUGCUGGUUUUCCGUAAUGCUGCUGACUAUUUCAGGUGCAAUGCUUUCUCUGAGCUGUAAAAAGAACUGCUCCAAAAUGUAGGAGUGGAGAUUAACUACCCAGGACCAAAAUAAGGUAUAUGUUGCUUGCAAGCAGGUGUGGAAUGUUAUUAUGCAGUUUCACUUGGAAGCGUAGAAGAAUGGUGAGUGUCUCCAUACAAUGGGAUGGCAUUGGCAUUUGCAGUAUAUUGGUUAUAUUUAAAAUGACUACUUCUCUUUAAAACUGAGCCUUUAUGAAGACGUUAGCAAACAGGGCUUGUUGCAAGCCAAACGUGUUUGACUUUAGAUUUGUACAUUUUCUUGGAUGUUGAAAAUAUUUAUGUAAACUAGUUAUAUUUUUCAAUCCUGAUAGCCAAAUGUUUGUGAAUUCUUGUUAGAAAUAAGCAGAAUAUAAAUACUGAUUCCUCUUUCAGGUUGGAUUUGAGAGAAUCUCUGCAACCCCUAAAGGGUUCCAAGCCAGGUGGAACUUUCUUGCUUUCACCUGCAAACUAAACUCAACAUGGUGCAGAGUAAGACUGUGGCUGAGAAGGGUUUUUUUUUCCCUUUAUCCUCUGUAUCCAUGUAUCAUUGUAAUCUGUGUCUGGCUCUCUUUGUGUCCCCAAAUUUAUGUGAUAGUUGCAAAAUUGGUAUUUUUUUUUCAUAUUCUACAGUAGGCCUUCAUAACUUUGCAUAUGUUUUUACUGUUUUUACCGUGGGACGCGAAUGGGAUUCCAGUUGGAGAGAUCUCUUCAGGGAAAGUAUUACAAAACAUUUCUCCCAAAUUGGGAAUGGAUAUUAGACAGUUUUGUGAGGUCUUGCUCUACUAGGAUGUAAUUACAACAUCAAUGUAGUUUCAUACAUACGAAUACAAAGUACUAAACCCACCCAAAACUAGAACUGUAGCAAACUCUGCGUGGCUUUUUUUUUUUUCCCCCCAGUCAAGUGAUGAAGAUUCUUCCAAAUGAAAAUCAGCUAUUAUCGAUUUUCUGUGUCGACUCAGGGAACGAUCCAUUUGGAUAACUACUUUUUUCAUAAGGAAAGUAACACUAGAAUUGAGAGAGUAACUAAACUGUCUCAGUUUGUAUCCUUGUGUGAAGAAAUUUAUUUGAAGGGAUGUGGCACAAUGCUGUAUUUCCUGUGUGACCUGCAUGCGGUGUCUUCUGUAUGCAAGCGUAUUGCACUUCCUACGUGUCUUGAUUCCAAGGGAGAUUAUUUCCUGUUUUCUUGCAAUGUGUGUGCCUCUGUAUGCCUUCUGACAUCCCCACGUGGUAGCUGUAAACAUUUUCUACGUUACAUUGUCAAGUGUUCCAACUUUUCUUUACCAAAAGGCUCUUAUUUUAUCGCCUUGUUGGUAUCUUGUCAGCAUUUUGCCGUGUUCUUUUCUGGGGCCAAGAUUUCUAGUCAUGGUUAUUUCUCCUAUUCCUCAAAUGAAAUGCAGCAGCUGUACAAGAGAUAAACAAGAAGGCUUGAAUGUAAUUUGUUUUAAGAAAUUAUGUUCUAAUUUCUUAUGUGCAUUUGUAGAACUAAUAGAAAAGCUACACUUGCAUCACACUGUCACCAUCCAGGCAACAUGGUUUUCAGUUUUAUUGCUUCAAACAGUGAUUUGAAAAUGCAGGAUCUGGUUUAAAGCCUUUAUUAAUCUUUUUCCCAGGACAAAUUAAAUAGAAUGACUUUGGAGAACCUGAAAGUAUACAGCUAUUUUGAGUAGUUUGAUUUGAGAAGGGCAAAAAAGGCCACUAAAGCUCUCUUAAUCUACUGCUUCUGACACAAGUAAGAUGUAUCUAUAGAACUGCAACUAUUGCUCCUAGUCUCUGUAUUUCUAUAUCUUCUAACACUUCUGAUCCUCUGUUUUAUUCCACAACUCUGUAAUAGACAUUUGUAUCUUUUCAAAGACUAUGCAGUGAAAUAAGACUAGAGCUGUCUUUAUUCGUGGUGAGUCUAGAGCUUUCUGAUUCAGCAUGCAGAUAAGAAAAUAACCAAAAAUAAUCCCUUGCUUUUGUGAAAUGACUAACACAUUGUCUGCUGUUUGGGAUUUAAAUGGUUGGAGUUCGUGCUGUAAUGAAGACUCCGAAAGGUUCAUAAAGGACUUAAACACCUAUAAAACUUAACUUCAGCAACUUAAGGCACACUAGGUAGAUUUAGGCUUAGGAGCUCAGGAUUUUCUAAAAGCCAGGUAAGUGGUUGGUAUUUACAAGGUGUAGAAAAAGGACCUUUAAAGAUCCCUUUUCAAUAUCCUUGUUUCUGUCACCUCCUCACGUGAGUUUUCUCUGUAGAAUUCUCCUAUGCUCCAAAUUUAUAUGGCAGAUGUAUUAGCUCUCAGCAUUCCCCUUGCUCUGACAGACUCCCUUGCUGGCCUGGGAAUAUUAGAAAGCUGACUCUUGUUCAUUUGUUUGUUUUGUGGUGGAUCAGUCUGAGGAAAGGCAGAACGAGGUGGCGUCUGGAGUGCUAGGCUGACACACAGCUUUUUGCUGCUUUGUACAGCAACUCUGUCACCAUGCUUCACAGUAUUUCUCUUAUGGGCAAGGACAGAUCUUUCUCUGCAGUCUUAUUCCCACUGUCCCAGCUGUCUCUGUUGUGGAGCCAAACGUACGUUCUAAUUAAGAGUGUUUUCCUUUCUUUAAAAAUGACAGAAUAAAAAGCUUGUAAUAAUUUUCAAUCUUUUUAAGAACUGGCAUCCUGCUAGCAAACUGAUCUUGGAUUUAAACUCCUACAGUGAUUAAGACUCAUAGAGUGGGUGGAGAUGAAGUGAUCUUCAUAAUUAGUGGUCUUCAUUAACAUCUAUGUUUGCACUUUGAUAUUUGCUUAAGCUUACUUCUGGGCUGCAGGAAGGCACGCAGCCACUGAGGUUCAUCUAAGCUCAUGUAGUUCUCUUCAUAAUGCUUGUUAACAUCUUUAGUUAAAUCCAAUGCAAAUGCCAGCCAUUUUCCUCUCCUCUGUUUUAAAAUUUCCAGUGCAGGCGUUAUUAAUUAUUCAGAAAGACUUAGGCAGUCGACUUCCAUUUUGAAGACCCUGACAUCCAUUUCUGCACCGUAAGAAACAAUGAGUCCUAAGUGAAUUGGUGAUAGUGCCUCUAAAUCAGUCAACUGUGAAGGUAUUGUUACAGCUCUGUUGUGAUUUGAUGUUGCAAAGGUAUUUCUGGCUGUCAACACACAGCACACACUGACUUACAGGGAAUGCAAUAGCUUUCUGUCAUCAAAGGCAUCAACUUCAGCUUUUUGUAUGUGCCAGCAUUUGAGGAACUGCCUGUUGAGCAUAGCUAUGAGAUGUAAGUCCCCAAAGCCCCCUAACACUCAAGUAUUGCUGACCAACUAUUUCAUUUACAUUAAAGUGUUCAGCAUCUUUUAUCAGUCAUUUUCAUGUCAUAACCUUGGUUCCUGUGCACAUCUGACACCAGUUUCCUCAAAUGUCACAAUUUAAUUAGACUUUUUAGGUCAGUGUUCUAGUACUUUGCACUUGUUUGACCUUGUACAUCUGUUUUAAGCACCUUUGUAAUUAAAUAUAAUAUUUUGCCUAAACAAGCUUCUGAUUUCCAUACAAAUUAUUACUAAGCAGAAAAACUUAUGUGGCAGUAUUUAAUUGUAAAAGUGAAGGCAUGAAUGCUGGUUUUAAACAUAGAAACUAUUGCUUGAUAAUUGAACAUACAAGUAAUGUAUUUGAUUUUUCUUGUGCUGCUUGAAAAAUAAAAUACAUCCAGCCUGUUUAAAGUUUGGUCUGCUCAAAAAACUGUAUUGUUUUAAUAAUUUAACCCCACCAGAAGACACUUGCAGGCAUCUGGUUUUGAUCUUGGUAGCUGCUUGUAAUUCACUGGCAGUCUUUUUGAAAUUUGUCUUCCAUUUAAACUGAUGGCAGAUUCUGCUUUUUGCAAAUUUAGGACAAGAAGAUCCUCUAGUGUGACUUUUUAUUCCCUAUGGGGUGCUGCUCGUUGUGAAUUGAUUGAAGUGUUCAGGAGGUCACAGACUUCUCUUAGAUCAGUAAGAACUUUAGGUACAACUGAAGUUUUGGUGUAGAUUUAGCUUCAAAGUAGCAGGUAGUUCCUGUGGAUUGUGACAUCUGGUCAAAACCGGGAUGCCAUGUAAAUGAAUUGCUGCACAUCCAGUUCUCUGCCGUAGUGAGCUGUUUUAAGACUCUGAAACUUCUACCAUAAUGAUGUUGUUGUUCCUACCUGAGAAUGAUUUGGAAAAUGGGUGUUUCCAGUAGGAGGAAACUUAACUGCCUUGAGUAACAUUCAGAUGUGAGUUAGGUGGAGCUUAUGUCUAGCGAACGGCUGCAGUUCCCCUAAAUUUGUUAACAUUUUUCCAACCAUGUGCAAGUAGUUGUGCAAACACACUGGGAGAUAAAUUUACAUCCUGUUUUGUAUGCACUGUAAUUUUACUUUCUUGCAGGUAUUUAGUUUUCAUUAAAAAGGGCAACAUGGAGGGUAUUCAUUAAAGGGAGAAACACUACAUUAUUGUAUUAUGAUUAAAGAUGUAUGACAAAUUGCUUCAUGGUGUUUUGAGUCUUUAAUAUUAUAGUAGAGAAGGGACUGACUUAAAGAAGCAGGCACAGAGCUUUACUUCUGUGUUGUUUCUGGUCUUGACCCCAUUCUUUAUCAAACAUUAGAAAUAGUGUUCGGAUUCAUAAACUAUAUGGAGGUGGAUCAAUUCUGUCAGUUAAAUAGUGACCCUUACUCAGAUUAUCUUACUCCCUGUAAAUUAACAUCAUAUAUGCACAACAUUUUGUACACAGGUGGCUUAAUCUCAGUUGUGAUGGAACUUGGAAGUCUAGCUGUCUUGAGUCCUUCUGUAUAGGUUCAAAAUUGCUUAAUCAUUACAUUGCUCCUCUUGCAAUAAUAUUCCAAAAUCAACUGGUGAAGUAAGAUUAUUUUUUCAUAUUACUUCCCUGCCUGAAUUUAUUGACUUAAUAUUGAUGAACGCACAAUUACUGUUUGCCUCAAUAGUAGCAGAGAACACCUACAAAAUCUUUUCUUGUCUUAAUGUAGAUCACCAAGAAAGCACCACUGCUUUCUACAUCAGGUGAGCAUAAUCAAGUAAGAAUGUUGAGACUGAAGGAAGAACAGUCACCUAAAGUGAAGGCAGAUGUACAGUUGUCUUCUUGUCUUAAAAACAAUAUGCAAAAUAACAUCACUUGCAUAUUGUUUGAAACAGCUGGAAAAUACUGGAGAAGAAACUCAGUUGGUUUCUCAUCUUUCAAUUCAGAUACUCUUAAGAAACACACACUGAAAAACACAGUGGAGAAUUUAAAAGUUCAGGCACACCAGAAAGUGGCAAAAAAAAAAUGCUGAGCUUAACAUAUUGCCUAAUGUGACCUGUGGUUGCUGACCUUUGCUGCUCUGAAUAAUUUGUGUGCAUAUGAAUUUUGACAAGUGUAAUCCUGUGCCAGAGAGGUGGAUGAAGCAUAUGCCCACUCUUAAUGAAACAGUUUUGGAAAUUGUUUCUUAAUUAUUUUUCUCUUCAGUAAAAGCACGUGCUCAGAGUUAAAUUAAAAGAAGCUGUGCUUCUUGCACUAAAUCUUAAAAUGAGGAUUUAGCUUGAUGUUUAACACAUGAUCCGAAUAGUCUUUAGGUUCUACAUUACAUCAUUACCUUUUAUUAGUAAUACCUUUUACUGUGCUCUUUGGUCAUAUUAAUGCAGUGGAGUGCAUGUGUGUAUUCAGCACAGUUUGCUGUUUUAAGAGAUGCAGUCAGGUGGUACUUCCAGUGCCCGGUCGUACUUCAGCACUUCAGUGAUGGCAGAUGUGCAGGGCUUAAACCCUUUCUUUGCUGAAACGGAGACACCUGGUUUCACAGGUUAGACCAAGACACAGAAGAGCUGCUUUUUAGAGCAGCAGGGGAGAAAAGACACACACAGAGAUACUACCCUUUCUCUUUCACCUUCAUGCCCGUCCCAUUUUCUUUGUCAGUCCUUUCUUCCACGUCAGAGGUUCUGUGACUCAGUACUGACCCAAGUCUUGCUCUCACCCGCUGGUUCAGGCCGUUUACCAGCCCCUUCCAUACUGGAGCUUGUGAAGAUGUCCAGAUGCCACACAGGCUGCCUCCUGGCACCAGGAAUGAUCCCUGCAUUUCACGGAUCUGCUAAUACUCCUCUGGGUUAUAAGAACUCUGCCUUGCUGAAUUGUACUCCUGAGAAACGUGUAAAUACCUCUGAAAGUGGAACUAAACAGAACUUCAUGUGGCUGAUGUUGAGCAGAAAGUGGAAAGAAACUGGUUUUAAGGGUGAGCCUGCUUCAGAGUCUGCCUAAAAUCUCCUUUCAUGUAGGAAUCCAGAUCCAGAAAGAGAAGACAAUUUCAAGGUAGCUGGAAAUGGGAACAGAGAAGGAAAACCACUAGUUUGACUUCCUUACAAGUUAGGUGGUCUGCAGGUUUGUCCACAGGUGGCCCCUUGGUUGUCCUGCCAUGUGGGAGGUGCUUGUGCAUCUGAACAGAGGCAUUGAGAAGUGAAAUGAGAAAUACUCUGAAAAGCAGUAGUGCUUUGAACCAGGCAGUGCUUUAAAUCUUAAAUAUAAUCUUUAGAAUGUUAUCAAAUUAUUUCACCCCUGCAAAUUAACUGUCUAUCUGAUCCUGUUCUCUGUAAAGCUUGGCACAAUUCACUGCCCCUUACAACAAAAUUAAACUUGUAAUUAGGUAUGUAUUUAAACAACUGUAAAAAGGAGUGGAUGCAUUAGAAAUUAGCAGAGGCCAGAUCACGUUUUUACCUACUUUGGGUAAGGGGGACUGAAACCAUGUAAGGCUGACUUAUAUUUAGUUCUACCAGAAAAGAGGCAAAUAUAUCAGAAACACUUGCAGAUAUAUCCAGAGCUUGAGGACAUACAAAGUUGAUUCACUGAAACUUGUAUGUAAAUAUACAUCAGAGCCAAGUACAGGUUGAAUAACCUGGGAUUAGGCUGAAGCUUUGUAGUAAGACACUAGCUAGAACUCUCUGAAGGCUUUAAUCACAUUUGCUCUCCUUAUGAAACAAGAACUGCAGUUUUUUUAGCUGUUGUCUUUGUUCCUACAGAAGUCUAAUUCUACUAGUGACCACUUCCAGGCACAUGACAAUGCUCUGCCUGCACAGUUUCCUUCUUGAAUUAUGCAGGGAAAGAAUUUAGACUUGAGAAUAGCAUUUGCCAGCUGUUUUCCUUUUGUGCUUGAAUACUGACUGCAGCAAGUAGUUGUGUAAGUGAAGUAAUAGUAUGUCUUUAAAAGUCACUAGAGAACUGUUCAACACUUGACUAGUCUUGUCUUUAAAAUACCCUGUAAUUAAUAGUAAAUAAAUUUUAAAUAAGGUACUACAUAAUCUUGGGCCAUACAGAACACAAAAAAUACAGAUAACAUCUAGGAAAAAAAAAUACAAAAACUGUAGACUAAAAGAAGUCAUUUAGACUGACUGUAUUUCAAAAGAUGUUCCUAAAGGGGUAAAAUCAAGGAGUUCUUCCAACUUCUUUUAGGCAAUUGUGACUUAGAGCCACUGCAAUUUAAUAAUUCCCAUUUGGUAUUUAUUUCCUAUUCAAAUUUGCCUUUUUUUUUUUGCCUUUGGUGAGAAACUACACAUAAGGUUUUAAACUCAAGUUGAAAGUCCUCAGUGACAGAACCAGCCCACUCUGCUCCUUCCCUAGCUGUAUAGAUCAUCUACACUUAAACAACAAAGGCUUAUCCUUAAAGCCUAAUGCAACCUGAUAACAAUUAAGUGAAGGGAGAAUGAGCCACAGAACUGAGCAGCCCAUCCAGGCUGGAGUUACUUGGAUACCGCUCAUGUUUUUGCCUGAGGUGUGUGAUUCUCCCAAUUGCCUUACAAAAGAGUAUGGCUGUUUCUGUUUUAAUGUAUGCUCCCUUGCACAGGCUUGCAACAUGAUAGCAACAUAAACAGACCCAUGGGCAGGAGCCCCUGAGUCAUCUCACCCCUCUUAUCUAAAAAGUGUAGGCGUUAAAAAAAGUUUAUGUAAUGGUAAAUGCAAACGUGUUACGUCAUCUUCUUAAAAAAAGAAGAAAAAAAAUUGGUAGCUUGCCAUUGUUAUUCUGGGUCCUAUAAAUCCCCACAUGGCGUAAAACGCCAAAGCACCAGGAAGGGUUUUUAUGUAAGGCAGGUUUCUUACCUAAAGUCCCUUUUCUAGUCAAAACCUUUAAUAAUUGUACAAGACAAAACUCUGUAAAGCCGCUUGAGGGCUAGCCCCAACAAUAUACAGGUGUUGUCUUUGUUGAAAGUUGCAACUGUAUUUAACGGAAUAAGAAAAGCCAGUGCCACUCUGGACACUGGAGUACAUCAAUUUGAUUAUUAAAGACUGAAAAUAGGUCUGCCAUCUUCUGAACUUACAGAAAAGGCUCCUCAUUUACCUCCUGACUGCCUGCUGUUCUUUACUUUUAGUAGGGCAGAAUUUGUCCCAUGACUGAAGGAGUGCUGAUUUAUAAAAAUGAGAGCAGGGGAUCCUCAGUUUGACUUGAAUACCUAAUUUCCAGCUUUUGCUGACUAGUAAGCACAGGCAACUUAACGUACUCACCUCCAGGCUUAACUAUUUCAAGUUGCCUUCAAUAAGCGACUUGCUGCAAGCGCACACGUGGUGGGAAGGUGUCAUAGCUCUCCCUGUUUCAACCAAAAAGCACACUCCAAGUGAGUUGGAUUCAAUCUUUUUUAAUAAAUUAAUGUCAUUCAAAAUACAGUGCCAGAACAUGAUGCAGCUGAACAUGCUAGUAGGGUUUGUCAUGAAGCACCUGUGUUCAUGUUAGAUUGGCGGCGCCCCGCUACUGCUAGUGGUUCCUGGGAUUAAUGCCAGAGCAGCACUAGUCAUCUGCUCUCCUGCACACAACAGCACAGGAUAUUCCUGAAUUUUGCUUCCCCCCCCUCCCC